CACACUCUCCACCUCGCACCGCGCUCCACCUUCACACCAUGCUCGCCCACCCUCGCCUCGCCGCCUUCGCCACCUUCUCGUUCGUCGGCGGCGUCUACGCCCGCCUCGCGUACCAGCGCGCCCUCUCUCGCAACGGCGGCCCGCUGUCGGUCAUCGUCGAGCGCUCUGGCGGCGGCAUCUGAGCGCCCUGGGUCCCGAGAAUCGCCAAAGUAGGGGAGCGUCGCGUGAGCGCGACUCGCCCCACUCGCCCAGGUCAACGAGGAGGAGGACGUUCCGCUUUCCGGCCCUGUACUCGAGGUCUCUCUCUUCCCCCGCGCGCUCUCUCUCUCGCCCUCCCUGUCUGUCAGUGCCCCUUCGCAAUACUUGAAGAAUGCAACAAGUUCGUUUCAGUACACUCUACGUCU